AGUGGGAAGGUGUUCGCCGGAAGGAACGACAACAGCUCCACUACACCGAUAUUCAUUUAAUUUCAUUCGUCGUUACAUUACUCCACUUCACUUACUAUAUUGUACUAUACGUGCGUACGGAUAGUGAAAUAAUAUUAAACGUACAGGGAGUGAAGCAAAGAGUGAACGAGUAACGAGUGGAGUGAACAUCAGCAGUAAGCAUACCUAACCAGUCAAACGGUGUUUCGUGUACGAGGAAGUUGCGUUAGUGAGUUUUUUAAAACAAACUUAACCGGUGUCUCUGACAGGCGCUGCUAACUGAAAGAGGCCCGAAGAUGGCGGACACGAGUCAGCAUGAGCUCUCCGAGCCUCACACAAAUGGAGUGAUAGACGGUCUUACAGAAGAAGAAAAAAGCAAAAUGAGACCAGCGGAUAUUGAUGCCGAUAUGCGAGAAAUGGAGCGAAGGAAGCGUGUAGAAAUAAUAAUGAACUCGAAGAUGUUCAAAGAAGAGUUGGAGCGCAUUAUUGAGACACAAUUGAAGGAUGGAUCUGGACCUUGCGGAUUGUUGCAACAGAUUACGGAGAUGAUGGGUGCACAGGGUGCUCGUUUUAAUGCUAAUGUGUUCAAAAAUUCAAAUUGUGUGGUGCCUAUAAACGACAUCCGUGGUGUAGAAGCGAAGGGUUAUGAACGCGGAGAAAAAUUACUACGUUGCAAAUUAGCGGCUGUAUUUAGACUACUAGAUUUGUACGGAUGGACCCAGGGUCUGGCUGGACAGAUAACAGCCCGAUUAAACGCCGACGAGGAGCAUUUUUUAGUAAACCCAUUCGGGCUGCUCUACCACGAGAUAACGGCAUCGUCAUUAGUUAAAGUCGACAUGCAAGGGCAGGUAGUCGAGCAGGGAACGACUAAUUUUGGAGUGCAUGUAGCUGAAUUUCAAUUGCACUCGACGAUCCAUGCUGCUCGUCCAGACAUUAAGUGUAUUAUACAUAUAACAACGCCAACAGUAACAGCAGUGUCUUCCUUAAAAUGCGGCCUCUUACCAAUCGGCCCUGAGAGCAUCGUGAUCGGCGAUGUCUCGAUUCACCAGUACAUUGGCGAGACUGUUGAACCAGAAGAGCGCGAGAAGAUAACCCGCAAUCUGGGACCUAUUAAUAAAGUAAUGCUUUUGACCAACCGCGGUGCUUUGUGUUGCGGUGAGACUAUUGAAGAAGCCUUUUACAAUGUCUACAAUACUGUUCUUGCUUGCGAGACCCAGUUGAAGUUGAUGCCCAUGGGAGUUGAAAACUUGAACUUACUGUCGGAGGAAUCCAAAAAAUCUAUUUACGAAGCCUCGAGAAAACCACCGAUCCCACAUACUUCCAGUAUCAUUGAACCUUCGCCAUUGGCUGAAAAAUUGGAAAAACGCUGGAGAAUCGGUAGCUCUGAGUUUGAAGCACUUAUGAGGAUGCUUGACAAUGCCGGUUUUCGUACUGGUUAUAUUUACCGACAUCCAUUAAUUAAAAGUGAGCCACCUAGACCACGUAACGAUGUUGAAGUACCACCAGCUGUUUCUUCACUUGGCUACUUAUUGGAAGAAGAAGAACUUUAUAAACAAGGAUUAUGGAAAGGAGGACGUAAAGGUGCCGACAGAUCACGUUGGUUAAAUUCACCGAAUGUUUAUCAAAAAGUGGAAAUACUCGAGACCGGAACGCCGGAUCCUAAGAAAAUAACAAAGUGGGUGGAUCAAAAUGCAGAGGAGUGGGUGUCUGAUGGAUCACCAACACACAGUAGCAGUACGCCAGUAAGGAUUGAUAGUGCGUUACAGUUUGUACCCAAGAAUACUAAUCCAAAAGAAUUUAAACAACUUCAACAGCAGAUUAAAGACUACCGUAGAGCGGAUAAAAUAUCAGCUGGACCACAGUCACAUAUUUUGGAAGGCGUUUCGUGGGAAGAAGCUAAAAAAAUGCAGGACGCAACUAUCAGUGGCACUGGUGAACAAGUAGUAUUGGUAGGUGCAGCAAGUAAAGGUAUUAUCCAACGUAAUUUCCAACACAAUGCAAUGGUAUACAAAACUCCGUACGCCAAAAAUCCAUUCGACGCGGUCACUGAUCAAGAACUUGAUCAGUACAAAAAAGAAGUUGAACGUAAAACUAAAGGAGAUAUAUAUGAUGAAUCGCAGUCGGAAUCAGAAGCAUUAUCGUCAUUUAAUAUUAGUAGAGCGACCCAUGAAUCAAGCACUGCCAAAUCUCCAAUUCAAUCACCUAUCUCUGUGACAUCUGAAACUGAAGAAGAAAGUCGAGAUGAACCUCGUGUACUGCGGAUAGAAACAAAACGCGUACCUAAACCAAGUCAGGCAGAAGUUGUAUUAAGUGAUGGAAAAAUGCAUGAGCAUGAAAAUGAUGCGGAUAAAUCCACUUCCAAUUCGGUGACGGUAUCGAAUCUUCCGACUCAAACUGUUACUACACAAUCUCAAAUUGCUCCUUUAAAUCGGCAAAAGAUUGGAGUCGACCCAACGACUGAAUUUUUAAACGAGAUGCGGCGUUCAGCUAUUGAACCCAUGAAUAAUCGCAGUAAACGAGAUUAUGAAGCAUCGAGCAAUGAUGAGGGUAGCGAGGAGAUUCCAGUCAGCGAUUACGGUCGGUGGCGUCUUGAUGCACAUGAAGAGAUACAUCUUGAGAGGACUAAAUUAAUAACAUUAACACCCCUAAAAUCAUUAAACCCGCAGUCUAAGUCACUGGACAAUUUAAACAUUUUUGGAGUUUCAUCUCCAAAAUAUAAAUCCACUUACCCGAAUUUAAACUCCCGAAUAAAAUCUUAUCGCCGUCGUAUAUUUUUUGACCAAUACGACAAAGUGUACGCGCAAUAUAAAAAUUCUAAUUUAACAAUUCAAGCUAGUCAAAGCGCUUCUGAUGUCAAUCUGAAUUUCAUUAAUACCAACCAAGGCCAAAGUUCAGUCAAGCAACUUAUUUCAAAAUACUCAUCUCUAGCUUUAACUGGCCGCAAUAUUAAUGACAAUACUGAAAACAAUAUCAACAUCAACACUGGAUUGAUAAAAUCACGCAAGCGAGCAUACGUACCAUUGGCCUCUUCAAGCUGUUCAGUAUGUAAACUUCCUCGCUUGUCGUUACCAGUCCUGAAACUGCAAGACCUGCAGAGCCCACGUCUUGUUGAAGAAGCCAUGAACCGGCAAGUAUUGAGUGAAACUUAUGUGGAGACUGAGAGUCAUUUAAAGGAAUGUGAACUGCGACCUGUGCCUGUUGAUCUGCGGGUCAGUCCGAUAAGCAUGUCGCCAUUUUAUCAGUUCGGCGAAGUGCAGUACGAAAGCACGCCUAUCAAAAAUGUACAGGUCAGUAAAGAUUGCUUACCAACAGCUGGCAGCUUCGAGUUCGUUAAUACGGACGUUAAUGUCAGUGAAGCUGAUGUCAAUGGGAACAUUGCUAAUCCGCUGAGUAUGACAUCUUCAGGGGAAAAAUUGGCCUCUGAUCAAGAACCAAGUUCCGAAGAUGUUGCUAGUGUUCAGACAGUAGUUGAGAAGAACUUGGAUUGUGCUGUAACUGAUGAGAAGAAUUUGAUAACUGAAACAGAAUCGAUUUCCCCCGAGUUGAUUGACAAUCUUGAGUGGUUCAAUGAGCCGCUAGAUACUUUAGAAUCUUCAUUUGCUAAAGAGUUGAACGAUAGUCAACCCUGGAGAUUUUCUUCACCACUUGUCAGUGGGAAGAAAUAUCAACGUGAAGACAGCAUGACUGAAGUAAUUGACAGUAUUAAUGUCAAUUUGACUCCUUCUAAAUCCAUGCGAUCGUUGAACUUCCAUCUGCCAAGUUCAGAUGCAUCAAUGAAAUACAACCUAAAUUCGUCGCAUAUGAGUGUCAUUUACAGUUUGACUCCUACGGCUGAGAUCCAAGAUGGCGAAGAAGGUAACGAGCACAUUUAUUGCGGUAAAAAAUGCCCACAGUGCUUAAUACUUGCUCCGAUAGGAAGUUUGUCACCCACUGAUCAUGAUUCUUUUUAUAUUUGGGACGAUCCUAUUGCUGAAGAUGAAGAAAAAGAAGAUAAUGUCGUUGACUUAAACAAGACCAUUGAUUUGUUUGAUAAUUCUAUUGAGUUGGAAGCUAACGUUACUCAUGAAUCAGCUGAUUUUGAACUGCCAGAAAUAAAAGUUGAAGACGAAGGAGAGUUUCACAAAGAUAUUGAGACUACUGUUAAUGAAAUUAUUGAGGGAUUGGAGGAAAGAGCUACUUUGAUUGAAGCUAAUAGAUUAGUUGAUAAUGUUAUAGAUUCAGCUUGUAUUGAAGUCAAUGCUGUUAAGAGUUUGGAGGAUCAAACUCGAUUUGAUGGAAGUGAAAAUGCUGAGCAUGAUGCUAAAAAUGAAGUAGAGGCUCCACUUGGUAAUGAAGAAGCCUAUCUUGCUGGUAACGGAGAAGGAACGCGAGAUGGUAAAGAAGAAAUCGACUUUGUUGAUGAAGUAGCUUGUAAAGUGGAAGAUGAUAGCAAUGCCGAAGAUAUUGAGAUUAAUAAAGAGAUUAGUUCUGUAGAAGAAGAUGGAAUUGGAACAGAAAGAAUAGUAAUAAAAGAAGAAGCUGAUUCUAAAAUUGAAGAUGACGACGAUUUUGGAAACUUAGAAAACCUUUUUGAGGAAGAAAGUAAGCCUGAAGUUCAUACUGAAAGUCAUUCAGAAGAAGCUAACACUGAAGAACAGAUAGAUCCUGAAGAGGUAAAAGAAGAAAUAAGUGAGAUUAUUCAUAAAAUUUCUUUCAACGAAGACUCUGAAGAGAAUAUUGCUGAUAAAUAUACCGUUAUUGAUGAAAUAAUUCAUCACAUUAUUGAUAAAAACUCCUCAAAUUCUUCGGAACAGGCGCUGGAACGUCAAGAUUCUCAUGAAUCUCAAGAAGAAUCUCCACGUGACACAUCAGAGUCUUCAGAGAGUUUUAACCUAAAAAAAGUUAAAGAAAAUACUAAUACCGAAAUAAAAGAAUUGCAAAUUCAACAGGAGUCUAGUUUAAAAAUCGUUGAUGAAAAUGUGGAGUGUACAGAAAGUAAAGAGGACUUUAUUAACAAGCUGAAGGCAAUCACUGAGGACGUUAAUUCUUUGGAUGAAGGUAGAAUAAAGGAAAUAUUCUUCUCUGGAGUUAUCAAUGACUUGCAUUUGAAUCCUGACGGGAAGUUAACAGCAGCGGAGUCGACUGAAAUUCUACAAAAACUCAAGUGCAUCGCCGAGCAGGUUAAUAUUGAUGAGUCCUCCAAAGCUUCGGAUGGCUUAGAGACCAGUAAUGGUGACUCGACUUACUCUGAUGCGCUGAAGCAGUUUAAGAACCAGGUGGAGGAGAUUUUCAAGAACAGCCAAGCUUCUUUGGCUGAGUUAGAUGUUGACGUUGAUGAUGUUAACAUUGAUAACACUGCUGGUAAAGAGAUUGAUUCAAUGGAAGUUGAUGGUCAUAAUGAAGAAGAUAUUGCUGUUAAUAGUUCUGAGCAGAAUGAAGAGUCUGAACGCGAAGAAAUAUCAGUUGAUAAUACCAAGUCCGAUGAUAGCAAGGAAAAGAAUGAGGUAAACGGCAAAAUUGUUAAAUUUUGUAUCAUUGAGUACCAAGGUGAAGUCAGUAGCGGUCAAGAAGUUCAGAACGAGGUUGAUGAAGCUGAAAAAGUUCAGGAAACAGGAGCUCAGUCUUCUGAUGGAAGAGAAUCAUCUGAGAGUGAUGAGAGUGACAGCCUGGUGAAGAAUCUGAGCGAUGGUGAGAAAGAAGCUUUGAAGCUUUGGGAAAUGGCUGAGUCUGAAAUAGAGCACAGUUACAAUGGAAAUAUUUCAACGACUUUUGUAGAAUACGAUCAUGUCGAUGACAUACUGGAUACUGUUGAUGCUAAGCCACUUGUCCACUAUCCUACGCAUCACGACCUGCAUCUCGAUUGCCUUGAUGAAGCUCUUAACGUUUCUAUUACCCGGUGUAAAGACAAAAUUUCUCUUUCCACUAUUUCUGAAGACGAUGAAUCAGAAUCUGAAGAUGAGGUUUGCUUCAUCAGUUCUCCGAUUAAGAAUAUCAACUCUCCAAUGAAGAUCAACAAAGUUGACAGCGUUUGUAGUCUAGAAUUGAUACAAGAAAUCGAUGAAGAUGACAUUGAUAUUGAUAAAGUUGCGCCUGAUGUCAAUGCAAAGCCAGUAGAUGUAUCUGAUGAUGAUUCAGAUUCGGUAGUGAUAAUGAGUAUUAAAAAUAUUUUCAAAGAAGAUGAUGAUUUGAAAAUUAUCUAUGAAAAUGUUAACAAUAAUAUUUAUCAUGAUGGUGAUAUUAAUAUUAUUAGAGAAAUAGUCUUCAACAAACCUGUGAGUGAUUUGGAUGAAAAUCAUUGUUCAAUUGAGAAUGUCAAUGAGUUAAAACAAACCUCAUCAUCAUUAACGGAAUUUCAUUCUUGUCAAGAAGAACUAUCGAAUCAGGAGAGUUUUGAAACAUGUAUAUCUCACCAGUCUACUCAAACAAUAACUCCACGAAGUGAUAACAAUGAAGUAAACAGCGAAACUUACACGAUAAGUGAUAACGAUGCUGAUGAUGAUUGCACCUCAGAAAUAGUUGGAAUUCCUCAUGAUACGAUGUAUAAUGCAGAUGUGUCGAGUAAUUUAAGAAAAUCGGAUUCAUUUUCAGAGGAUAAUUUCAACACUUGCGACACUACCGCCAACAUGGCGGACCUUUCUUCUUUGUGCGACUCUGAUAAGUCUGGCGUUACUAAUAAUGAAAAAGAAGCUAAUUAUAAGAAUUUUAAUGGUUACAAUGGUAAUGAAGAUAAAAACAGUGAUAUUAAUGUUAUUAAUAACAAUAGUAACUAUAAUUAUAAUGAUAAUGAUAAUGAUACUACUGAAAAAAAAUGCAGCGUGUGCUCAAAAUAUUUCUGCACUGAUGAUCUCAAAAAUUUAUCAAUAGACGACUUUUGUGAUAAUUUGAUAAUGAAUGACAGCGCGAAAGAAUUUAUGUUACAAAAAAAUUACACAUGUCGCAAUUGUUUGAUGACCAUGUCCAUGGAUACGCGCGAUUUUAUACGACUGGAGCGACAAGUCGUGCAAGAAGAAAACAUUAACUGCAAUAUAACUUUGAAUGUUUCGCCUAUAAAGACACCGCCGAAGUACGAAAACACAACUCUGUGUAAAGUUGUCAGUAAAAUGAAUUUAACCGACUUAAAUUAUUCUAUUGACAGCAAUAUUACCCAAGAUUCACUGGUUGAUUCUUAACGUCUACUUACUUUUAUCUUCUCAUUAAUUAGUGCUAUUAAUAUUAUAUUUUAUUGGCCCUUACGUUAUUGAUUUUAACGUUAAUCUAUGGUAUUAAUAAUUUGGAUUAUUAAUAACAAAAUUAAUUGGUAUUAUUGUUGUCGA